UUGCAUGAUUUAUUUCCAUCGUCUUUAUAUUUCUUUCUUUUUCUUCUUUUUUUUUUCUUCUCUCUCUAUAUCUUUAUUAUGUCUUUUAUUAGGAAAACUAGUUAUGAGAGUUUCUCUCUCAAUCCUGAUUUAUUGGAUAUUGAAAGUUAUUAUUAUGCUACUCAAAGAAAAAACGUAGUGUAUCCUUAUCGAUACAAUCAUCCAUUCUCUUGGUUUAUUAGUAUUUUUUCAUUGAUGAUGCUUUCGACAUUGUUAAUGUUCAUUUACCUUACGGAUGAUCAACGCGUAUUUUUUAAUUCUGUUCAAUCUGAAGGUUCAAAAAAUAUAGUGAUGAUGAUAUCAGAUGGUUUUGGUCCAGCAUCCGAAACAUUUGCAAGACAAUAUUAUACUUGGAAAAAUGAUUUGGAAGUUUCUACUUUACUUCCUUUGGAUGAAAUUCAUAUUGGUCAAAGUCGUACUCAAAGUUCAUCGAGCUUGGUCACUGAUAGUGCGGCAGGUGCUACAGCUUUCUCCUGUGCAAAGAAAUCUCAUAAUGGUGCUAUUGGUGUGAAUCCUCAAGAUCAACCAUGUGGUACUGUAUUGGAAUCAGCCAAAAUACAUCAUAACAUGUUAACUGGACUUGUUGUUACUUCACGUGUGACUCAUGCAACUCCAGCCGCCUUUUCUGCUCAUGUACCCGACCGCGAUCAAGAAGAUUGGAUUGCCGAGCAACAAGUUGGCUUUAAUCCCCUUGGACGUACAGUGGAUUUAAUGUUUGGUGGUGGAUGGUGCUAUUUUUAUGGAAACUCUUCAAAGGACUCUAGUUGUCGUGCUGAUGAUCGUGAUUUAUUAGAAGAAGCAAAAUCUCUCUUUAAUUGGAAUGUCUGCCUGGAUCGUUCACAUUUUGAUUCUCUCUCCCAAGAUACUGCAUUGCCUUUAAUGGCUAUGUUUAGCCCUAGUCAUAUGGAUUACGAAAUCGAUCGAAAUCAAGAAUAUCAACCUUCUUUGAAAGAAAUGACUGAUAAGGCUCUGUCGAUUUUGGAUCAUGCUUCUAAAGAAUCAGGAAAUGGUUUCUUUUUGAUGAUUGAAGGUAGUCGAAUUGAUAUGGCAGCUCAUACAAAUGAUCCUGCUGCUCAUGUCCAUGACAUUUGGGAAUAUCAACAAACGGUGGAACUUGUAAAAUCAUUCAUCAAGGAUCAUCCUAAUACGGUGUUAGUGUCAACAAGUGAUCAUGAAACUGGUGGAUUCACAGCUGGUCGUCAAGUAGGUGAUGCUUAUCCGGAAUACAAAUGGAAUCCGGAAGUCAUCGAUCGUGUCAAGAGUUCUUCAGAAAAUCUAGCAAAUGUAUGGUCAGCUGCAGUCAAUGGAAAUUCUGCAACAACACGUUAUUUACAAGAUAUCAUUUUCGAUAAAGGUCUUGGCAUUACUGAUGCAACACCAGAAGAGAUACGUUGGGUCUCUGAAUGGAAAAAUGACAAUCCUCAAGCGAUGUAUCAGUUAUCAUAUCAAUUUUCUGAUAUGGUUAGCCGACGAGCUCUGAUUGGUUGGACAACACAUGGACAUACAGCUGUGGAUGUGAAUCUUUAUGCAAUGGGUCCUGGUACUGAAGUUUUACGUGGAAGCCAUGAAAAUACCGAUAUUGGUGACUUUAUUACGACUUACUUGGAUUUGGAUCUCGAUGAUAUCACUGAAAGAUUGAACAUGCAAGUUCUCCAAUCAACGAAACAAUUAUGAAAAAAAAAUGAUCGGAUUGUUUCUCAUAUUUUUUUUAUUUUCAUUUUAGGGACAAGGACUUUUUGGAUGGCACCCCUCAUCAUAUACCCCAAAAACAUGCAAAUGAUUAUUAUCAUUAGUUAUUUUUUUAUAUUUAUUUAGUUCUUCUUUGAUAUGUUCACCUUUUUUGAAAUAAAAAAAAAAGUCAAUACUGAA